UUUGAAAUAAUUUAACAAGGUCAAAUUUUUGUCACAGAAAUCUGUUAUUUGAACAGGGGUAAUGACGUAAAGUGUUAGGGUGGCUUACAAAAAUAUUAAAUGUACUUUUUAGAAAUGGAAUGUGUCUCGCUUUUGAUUAUCAUUGAGGGCUACUACAGAAAAUGUUUAAUAUUACUCAUGAUGAUGGUACUUGGAACUUGUGAAUCCCUGCGGUGGUGCAUUUUGGGUUUAUCAUUGGAGGAAUUAAGGAAAAUAUCCUUAACUUUUUGUCAAUCAGAAAGUACAUGUAUUUUAUAGAUUCACUCGUUUGAAUUGACACAAAUAAAGUUUCCCACAAUAUUCAGAUUUAUCGAGAUGCACAUCUAAAAACACCAGCAUUGCUUAUCAUUGAGGAAAAAAAAAACACAUGCGAUUUGGUUAAUGAAAAUUCUACCGUGACGUCAUGCGCUGCAAGCGCAGACUCGGGCAGCCGCAUCUCACGCUUACCCCGGUGACGUCAUCGGUCGCCGAACGAGAAAAGGUCUGCGGGGGGCACGUUUCCCACUCGCCUGUGACGUCACCUUUUGUCGCUUCGCCACCGGGGGCUUUGUUAAAAGGAGAUAAAAGAAAAUGUAUGGUCAGGUGGAGAGGACGUGUCUGUUAGAAGUGCGCUAUGUCUGGGUCUGUGUAUUUGGUGUUUCUGCGGAUCACUUAAACGUGAAUCGGACCCUUUUCUUCUUCUUCUUUUACUUCUUUUAUUGGACCGAUGUAGGGGUGGGCAACAAUGGAGGAGCUCAUUAAACCGGAAGCCAUCGUGGAAGCCGUGAAGGCGCGCGUCAGCCAGAUCUCCGCCCCUCAGAGAGCCCUACUAGUGGCCGGCACGCCCGACUCCGAAACCAAGGCCAUCCUGGUGGACACCAUCACUGAGGUGAUCCAAAAGAUUACGUCAGACGUGGUAAAGCACCUGCAGCCGGUCUUCAUCGAGCACCUGCGGGGUCACGCUUCCCAGGCGCAGGUCAACAUGGCGAUUGACAGGUGCAGCCCCAGGCUCAGCGAAUGCAUCACGGAGACCUUCUCGGCUGCAUUGGACAGUCCGCCGCAGAAGUGCGAGGGUGUUAUGGAGCUCACCUCUCUCAUGGAGUCCGAAGUCAAGCACCGGGUCAACUCUGCCUUGUCGGUGGCCAAAAGCACAACCGAAUGGCCCUCGGAGCCCACCCUCCUCAUCCGAGGCACCAUGUCCAGUGUGGCCAACCUGGCCUCAAUCUUCCGCAAGGCCGUGGAAUACUUCCGGCACGUGUUCGCGCGGGCUCGAACCCCACGCCAGUUGCUAUGCGGGAGCUCCGACAUGAAGGUAAACGAGAUGACAGACUCCGUGAGGCGGAUCCUUCUCAAGUGGUCCAACCCGAAGGAGGCGAAGGCGCCCGAUGUGGUGGACCCGGUCACGUUGGAGGACGCGCACUUAGCGGCGGUCGAUAUCACCAGAACCAUCACUCAGGACACUUACGGCGGUUCCGGGGAUGCGUGCGUGCGCGGCGAGGCCCGCAUCACACGCUUCAACCUAAACUGGAAGCUGAUUUUAAAGAAAGUGAAGAACUUCUUCAAGACCCUUGAGAGGCAAUCCGGGGUCGCCGGCAAGAGAAUGCAGCGCCUCCGUUUCUUCCGCUUCGCUCGCAUGCAAUUCGCGCGCAUGCUCGGAUCACUCAAGAGCUCCUUCAAGAACCGGGACGCGUGCCUGGUGUCGCUCACGCCGGAUCGCCGGUCCCGGACCGACGACAGCAGCAGCCCGACCGUCGUGGGCAGCGACGGCCCCAAGUUGCCGGAGCUCCGGCCAGCCUACCGGACGAGCACGCUGGCUGUCCGGCAGUCCCAGCACCCGGUCUUCGACUUCGACUCCAUCCAGGAGAGCGUAGAUAAAUUAUACAACGAAUUCAGCCAGAUGGAUGUUCCGGACCGGGCCGGGAAAGUCAAGCGUUACAUCGACGAGAAGAUCGGGAGCUUCUCCGAGGGCCUCACGUCCCAGUUGUAUGCCUACGUCAUGUCUUGUCAGAAUGACGUGUACGAGGUGCCUUCUAGCCGCCCGAGGACACCCUUAAUGGACACGGUCCUCUGGGGCCGACGGGGGAAGAUCCACUGGGAUGGCCAGAUCUUCUCUCCGGAGGUGCUGUACGCCAUGACCGAGGAUGCCGUGUGGAGGUUCCUGCAGCAGCUCUUCCUCUGGCUGGAGAUGGAACCCGCCAACGAGGAGACAUAUGCGGACGAGGUGUCCGGCGCUCUCACGGACAUCAACCAGCUGGUGGAGAAAGCCAUGACCCCGCAAACCACCGCCAGUGAAGAACUCCCCCCAGAGGAACAGGUGGUCCCCAAACUGGAUUUGGAACAGUCCUCGGAGGCCUCCGCGUCGACGCUGCGCACCACUACCCCGGAGGUCCGAACCCGCACACCGAAACUGCGCACUACCACUCCUGACUUGCGCACUGGCACCACGCCGGACUUGCGCAGCGGCACCACGCCAGACGUGGGCACCACCAGCGAUGAGGUGCUGUCCGAGCCGGAGUCCGACAAUAUCCCGGCGUUGCAGGAGAAGCUGACGCGCCUUCUGGUGUACACGCUGGUCACCCAGCUGGACCAGAGGCUGCAGCGCAAGCGCAAGACAGGUGUGCGCAUAGAUGCCCUCGUCCUCGUCAUCGAGCGGCUCCUCUACCGGGCCCUGGAGGAGAUCAGCCCCCGCCACAUCGAGGACAUCCGGACCUUGGCCAGCAUGGACCAGGUGGUCACGCCAGUGGUGAAGGACCUCAUGGUCGAGUUCGGCACCCCGCACAGGCUGGUGGAGGCCGUAUUUUCGGACGACCCCAUGUUUGACGACGCCGUCUUCAGGCACCUCAAGAUCCAUAUCAGCGCCCUCAAAGAUCCACCCAAGCGGGCUAACAUCUUCUCUAUUGUGAUCAAAGCUUUGACCAUGCUCCGCUUCAUGGGGAGCUCCAUUUGACGUCACUUCCAGAUGUGGAAGUCCAUACAGUAUAUGCUGCACCUGUCUGACAGGUUCAAAAGA